CAAGAUGGCGCUAUUAGUUUCAUCGGCUGGAGGCGACCCUUAAAAUGGCGACGGCAGCGCCUGCGCGUUAGGGAAUGGUUUUCAGAGCGGGGACUGGGUAGUCCCAUUGUGUGUCUGUGGAAACGAGGCUUGAGGGUUGUCGAGGUAGUGAUGGAGCCGGACCCUCUGGAAGGAGACGGUAGCAACAGCAGCAGUCAUGAGGGUCCUGGGGGGACCGCCAGCUCUUCAGCAACGGGCCCUGGACUCACGGCUCCUCAGCGCCGGGCCGAGAUUCGGCGGAGGAAGCUGCUAAUGAACUCGGAGGAGCGGAUCAAUCGGAUAAUGGGUUUCCAUCGGCCAAAGGCGGAUGAUGACAGCCGUUCAGAAUCGAAGCUUCAGCUCGAACAAGACAAACCAAGCCCCCUUCCCGCUUCUGUUUCCAAGCGGGUUGUGCUUGGUGAUACGGUUUGCAGUUUGGCAGGAACAGCUGACCAUGCAAACAGUGCAGUAGAGCACAAGGGAGAGAAAAAGGACAUGUUUAGCAAAACUCCUGAGAUUGGGAAUGAUGGCACCAGCGAGCUUCGGCAGCGCAGUAGAGGGGAUCUGAUUGAGGUUCCGCAACGAGCACCUCACCAUGGCUUAGAUCACUAUCUGUCAAGGUUCGAUGAAGCAAUGAAGCUAAGAAACCAGCUGAUAAGUGAGCAGCCAAGCCAGGAAAAUGGAAAUGUUGUGGAGGAAUUUGAUUCCUUCCGCAUUUUUAGAUUAGUGGGGUGUGCACUACUUGCCGUUGGAGUUAGAGCCUUUGUGUGCAAAUACUUGUCAAUAUUUGCUCCGUUUCUUACCUUACAGCUUGCAUACAUGGGGUUGUCCAAGUAUUUCCCAAAGAGUGAAAAGAAAACGAAGACUACAGUAUUAACUGCUGCUCUUUUACUGUCUGGGAUCCCUGCAGAAGUGAUUAGUCGUUCCAUGGACACUUACAGCAAAAUGGGGGAUGUCUUUACAGACCUUUGUGUCUAUUUCUUUACUUUCAUCUUCUGCCAUGAACUGCUUGUGUUUUUUGGUUCUGAAGUGCCGUGAUAACCAUGGAGCUCAGUCUGAUAUUUCAGCAGGACUGUGUCUGUCUUGGUUUUGUACAUGCCUCUGGAUAUAUAAACAGGGUUAACCCUUUACCCAAUUCUUUACUUGUUUCAGUGCAGCUUAAACACACUUUGAUAGGGAAGGGCUUUGAAGCCCCAACUUUGAAGCUGAAUUAGUACAGUUUGCAUACAGUGCAUGGUGAUAUCAAAUAUAGAAGAUCGAAUGCAAAUACCUGUCCAAGGACAGGGCCUUUCUGUUGAAAUAAAAUGUGUCCUUUCUUCCCCCACUUGCCUCAUCAUUACAGGAAUAACCUUAAAACCAUAAUCUUAACUCUUUAGCUCUCUUUGGUAAGAACACAGUACAGCUGAGGUUUGCUACUUGGAUGGAAUUACAUUAUUGAUUUUUGUCAGUUUCUUCUGUCUCUUGGACUUUCUGAAAAGCUGCUCUAGAGAGUUGGGGAACCUCCAGAACAGUGUGGAAGUUGGCACAGGAGGAAGAGGGAAUCUUUCUUUCAGCGGGAGUCUCUGCUUGGGUCUCAGUCCCUUUCACAAAUGGAUCUUUCUAUUCAUGGAAGGGAUUUUCUGAAUCCAACCCUAUUAUAGGAGUAUCGUAGGGAUUUCUUUCAUUAGCUUAAAUCCCUCAAGUCAGGCAUUUAAGCAGUUGCAAUAGUCUGACAAGAAUACAGGCCACCCCAAGACUUCUGAUUCUACAACCGAAUUAGUCUGGAUGUGUCUUGCUUAAAGGUGGUAGUAUUCUGUUUGUUUCCUUGUAGUUUGGAAGGUUUAAUUUUAAAAUGUGAAUGCCAGAGCUAAGACUUAGUGAAAUUCAACUUGACUUUUAUAUGUGUUCCCGUUGAGCAUUCUUCAUUGGGUGAUAUCCAGCAUUGGCCAUGUUCAAAGUAAGCCCAUUGAAAUCAAAGUCCACUGAUUUCAGUGGGUGUAUUCUGGGUAUGACUAACAUUGAAUAUCACAUAUCUGACUAGGAAUCCUAAUUAUUUAUGUUUUCAUGAUCGGAUGCAAUAUACUGCAUUAGUGAACAUAGGUUAAAAAGCUGCUUUCUUAGGUAAGUGGACUUUUGUACCUAAAAAUGUGACCACUUUUGCUCAUUCCUCUGGCUAUUUGUGUUUGUUUUUUUCCUUGUAAUGUAAACUAAGACAUGCUUCUUCAUCAUAUCUCCUAUAUUGUCUUCCCAAGAAUAGGUGCAUGUAGACUUUAGCCUCUUUUGUUUAGACUUUUGAGGGAUCAUUACAUUUAUCAGUAAUAGGGGAACACUGUGUCUUGUGAAAGUACAAACUUGUCUUUAACCCUAAUUUUAAUCAACUUUUUACUGUGCAUACUGGCGUAAACAGUGAGUAGUACAGAACAUGUUCAUUUCACAUGGGAAUGCUGAUUUUAAAAGAUGUACUUUAAAAUUGGUUUUUAUAACCCACCUGAAACACAAUUACUUGAAGCAUCUUUCAUUAAAAGCAGUAGGACAAUUCCAGUUAAAUGUUUGAUUGGUUUUUUUACUGAAGGAUUCUGUUCUACUGGUCAGUACCAUAAACAAGUUUUUGUUUAGUAUUAAUUGAUGGCCCUUCAUAUUUAUUUUUAGUUUAAUUCCUUCAGUAAAUCACAAUUGCUGUACAUCCUAAAAAGAUGGCAGAUUUUAUCAGUUGAUUUUUUUUUUUAAGAAUACCAUUAUGAUUAGAGUAAGGGCUGGUGCAGAUGAAACCUUCCUUGCAUGAGGAUUCCUCCCCUUCUUCUACUGUGGUUUGGUGCUGUGUGUGGCUUUUGCCAUCCCUGGUCCAUUUCUGAACCUGUGGCCCAUUCCCAAUCUCUACAAGUGACUCUGUUACAUUGGCACCAGCCUUAAGGAUUCAGUGAGAAAUGAGGCUGGAAGAAAUCAGGCUAUUAUGAGUUUCCUUUAUGCUGAAGGAUGAGUAGAUUUUUGCCUUAGACCCAGAGUUUAGAAAAGUUAUUUUUUUGAACUACAACUCCCAUCAGCCCAAUCCAGUGGCCGUGCUAGCGGGGGCUGAUGGGAGUUGUAGUUCAAAAAAAGUAACUUUUCCAAGCUCUGUUAGACCUUAAGGAUUAUAGGGAUCAAAUGUACUGAGAGUGCAAUGGCCUUCCUAAACAGUGGAUGUUACCCAUGUAACAGCUACAGAGCUAUCGUCUCUGCAAAUUUCUGCUGCAUCGAAAGAUUACCUUGUUAUUGAUAGUGCGAUCUGAUUACAGAGGCUAAUGCGGCAUCUCUGUUUAGAGAUGGUCACUUUUCUGGUGUUGGGAAGCAACAUUAUCUUUCUAAAUAAUAGAUAAGACAUUGGUUCUUUACCAGUUUUUUAACUAUUUUGAAUUAUAAUUUUAAUACCAUCUUCAUUGACCUGAGCUUAGCUGUUGUAACGAUAUCUUGUACAUGAAGAAAAGAGUUCUUGGGGUGGAAUCUAUUAAAAGGAAAUGGAUGCAUAGAGAGAUCUGUGCCUUUGGCUUGGGGUGCUUAUUAAGGCAACUCGCCCUGCUGAAGACAGGAUUCUGUUCAGUUUAAAAAGCAACUUUACUCUUUAGCAGUGGAAACUGUUGUGGCAAAAAGAGCAAGCAAAGCCCUGUUUGUAUUUUGGUUCUUUCCUGUGCAUCUAUUUCCUUCCUCUUUUGAUUUUUAACUUGAUAUAUUCUACUGUGUUCAAUAACCUUUGCAUGACAAUAGAAUCUCAACAUCUGAUUGUACAUGUUCUGGUAUCUCAAGUAAAACAGCCCCAUCAAUGUAUGACAAUAUCUCUGUUGACAUAUUGAAAGGUUGUAUUUGAAACUAAUGGAUGCACUUCAAAAGAUUCUGAAGAAUUGCUUUGCAAGUGAGAGCUGAAAUUAAGCUGGCACUAAGAAUUCUGUAUGCAGUGAGUGGGUAUUGCAGAAAUGCAACAUCUUCAUCACAGAAACCUCCAAAAUGUGAGCCUUUCAUCAUUCCAAACUCAUAGUUUCAGCUUUUAAAGUUAAAAGCUGGCAUAACCAUAAAAACUAUGGCCUUUCAAUUCUGAGUUUCUUUCAAAUUUGCUGAGCUAUUUUUAUUCUUAAAUUUAAAAGGCCCACUUCUAGGACAUAGAACUUUCCCGUACUGCCCUUUUCUCUGCUAUGAAAAGUGAUGUAUAGGGUGGGAUGCCAUGUGAAUAGUCAGAAGGUAUUCUGUAUGUGGUUCCUUUUGCAAAAAUGGGGGCUCCUCUAUCCAAUAAACCUCAUGUGGUCAUGUUUGUCCUUCAGUGUAAUUAUUUCUAGACUGGUUCUAUUAAAUCUAUUAAAGUUAUGUUUGUCACUA